GAUUUCUAAUUAAAGUUCUGAAAGUUUAUUAUUAAAGUAUCACACCUUCUUUCUAUAUAAAUCAUCGUUUCUUAACUCUACAAACCACUACAGAAAAAAUUAAAAUGUUUAACUCCUAUCCUAACCUUUUAGUCUUGGCUAUUGCUCUUGCACUAUCUUUUUCUGUUCCUCUGAAAGCCCAAGACCAGCCGCAAGACUACUUCAAUGCCCACAACCGUGCUCGAGUUUCUGUAGGCGUGAGUCCCUUGAUGUGGAGCCAGACACUGACUGCCUAUGCUCAAGCCUACGCCGAGAAGAGACGCGACUGCGGUUUAUUUCUCUCAGGUGGGCCCUACGGGGAGACCAUAAAAGCGGAUAUUAUUGACUUCUCAGCUGAGGAGUUUGUGAGCACCUUUCUUAACCAGAAGUCUGAUUACGAUUAUACUACAAACACAUGUCGUGCUGGGAAAUCAUGUGACGGUUAUAAGCAGGUUUUGUUUCGAAAGUCGGUGUUUCUUGGGUGUGCCAAAGUCAAAUGCAAUAAUGGUGGAUUCCUUGCCAUUUGUAGCUAUGAUCCGUCUGUCAUUCUUAGUGAACGACCUUUUUGAAUUAUAUACACAAUUGAAAUUGUCCAUAGAGGACAUAUGUAUCUAUUUCAGUAUUUUCUGUUCAAUAAAUAUCAUCAUCUAUAUAUGGUGAUUCAUUUGUCAUAUGUAAAAUAUAUACGUUUGUGAUGGAAUGGAGUGAUACAAAGAUAUUUGUUUGUUUUCAAUAUAAGGUAUAGUUUCUGAAAUGUUUUAAGUAUUGAAAGUUUGAUAUACGAUCAAAUUAGAUUUUAUGAACCAGUG